AGGAGUACACGAGAGAAAGGAAGGAAGAAUAAAAAGAGAGGAGCUGGAUCCUCCAAGAAAACCUCACUGGAAGUGACUUAGUUUGCAACUCCCGAGGUCUCUGUCCCUCUCUUUCCCUCUCUCUCUUUUUGUAAUAGUAAGUGAGAAGUGGCACAGUGCGCACUAACCUCCACUGUCCAAGGAGAUCACACAAACACGCACUAAACACAGUCUUCUCUCUCUUUUGAUUUGCUUAUUUUUAUUUCUUUCUUUUGUUUUCUCUUUCUCGAUAGAUUGCUUUCACUUUCUGUUGAACUGGGUUCUGCUUCUUUUUUUUUUUUUUUGUAAAUUGUGAAAGCUACCUGAAAAAGUACUAGUCUUUUAACGAACCCAUUAAGUGUAUACGACGAUGUUUUGUUAAGAAACGUGAAAACGACUGGGAUUUUUUCUUCUUGAAUUUAAGUUGGGUUAUUGAAUCUAGUAUAGGUUAUGGAUCCGCCUGUCUUAAUGAAUGAUGGGUCUUACAACUUGGCGGAGAUCUGGCCAUUUCCGGUUAAUGGGAAUGGGAGAGGUCAGUUUGGGCAGAAUUUAGGUGCUCAGUUUUUGGAUUCUAAUCGGGAUGUUUCCGGUAAUGAUCUAAUGAUUUUGGACCGGAGAGGAGCUCGUGGCGGCGGCGGUGCAAAAAGACGCCAUGAUGUGGUGGAGGAUGAUUCGACAAAGGUUGUCUCUUCUAGCAAUGGCAAUGGCAAUGGCAAUGGCAAUGCAAAUGAUUCUGAUGCAAAACGGCUAAAAACAUCAGGAAAUCUUGAUGAGAAUCAUGAUUCUAAAAGUGAAGCAGAACCCAGUUCAGGCAAGCAUGUGGAACAAAAUACUCAACCCCCAGAACUACCUAAACAAGAUUACAUACAUGUACGAGCAAGAAGGGGUCAAGCUACUGAUAGCCAUAGUCUAGCAGAAAGAGCCAGGAGAGAGAAAAUAAGUGAAAGAAUGAAGAUUCUUCAGGAUCUAGUCCCUGGUUGCAAUAAGGUUAUCGGCAAAGCACUGGUCCUUGAUGAGAUUAUUAAUUACAUUCAAUCAUUACAGCGUCAGGUUGAGUUUCUGUCCAUGAAGCUUGAAGCUGUGAAUACAAGAAUGACCCCUGGGAUUGAAGCAUUUCCUUCUAAAGAUUUCGGGCAACAAACAUUUGAUGCUGCUGGCAUGGCAUUUGGUUCGCAAGCCACAAGGGACUACAACCGGGGUACAUCACCAGAAUGGUUGCAUAUGCAGGUUGGAGGUGGUUUCGAAAGAACAUCAUGAUGUGAAAAGGCGUCAUCAAUUAGUAAUAAGAGCAUCAAGUAGCAAUGGUUCUUUAUUUCUCCAGUGGCUAUUAGAAUAUAUACUCCACUAUGUUCAAUCACAGAUAGAAUAUAUUUGCAUUUCAACAUCGGACUUGGAGCUGUGUUAAAGACUGAUUAAGUUACUAUCUUAAUAUCUCCAUUCAUUUGUGUGUUGGGAAAUGAUAUUUUUUACAGCAUGUAUCCCUUCGCUCGCAGGCUUCACACUCUUCUCUGUACUAGUACCUGAAAAGGUGAAUAGGGCCUUUUAGAAUGAAAUAUCAUUCUUGUAAAAGAAAGUUGCUUAAAAACCUUCUAAUGCUUACAUCUUGUAUAAACCUUCUUGUCAACAUUGAGCCUGUUGGGAAGCUGAAGCUUGUUGAAUAAAGUAAGCCUUGUAAGAGCUCUGUAACUUUUGAAAAUUCCAAGUUGAUAAAUAAUUGCUUAUAUCCUUUAUUAUA